AAAAGACAGGUCGCCGAGUGCUUGGCUAGGGUUUUGAGAGAGUGAGAGAGGCGGAACUGCCGAUUGCCGAACUCCGCCGCCGCCAUGGGUCGUAUGCACAGCAAAGGUAAGGGCAUGUCCGCAUCGGCUCCGCCGUACAAGAGAACUCCUCCCAGUUGGCUCAAGGUCUCUUCCCAAGAUGUGGAAGAUAACAUUUGCAAGUUUGCCAAGAGAGGUAUGACUCCCUCUCAGAUUGGUGUCAUUCUGCGUGAUUCCCAUGGAAUUGCUCAGGUGAAGAGUGUCACUGGAAGCAAGAUUCUUCGCAUCCUCAAGGCACAUGGGCUUGCUCCUGAGAUUCCGGAGGAUCUUUACCACUUAAUCAAGAAGGCUGUAGCAAUCAGGAAGCAUUUGGAAAGGAACAGGAAAGACAAGGACUCCAAGUUUCGCCUGAUUUUGGUGGAGAGUAGGAUUCACCGGCUUGCUCGCUACUACAAGAAGACUAAGAAGCUCCCACCUGUGUGGAAAUAUGAAUCCACCACAGCAAGCACUCUUGUGGCUUAAGGCUUUAGCAGCUAGGGAGUGGAUUAGCUUCUGAUAAAUUAAAGAUUCUCUUUGAUGGGAAAUGUUUGUUGAACCAAGUGUUGUCAUGUAAUGGACUGCAAUUGUGUUGCUUGACAAUUUGUUAUCAGUUUGAGAAUUCUGCUUUUCUCAUUAUUCCUUUUUUUUAAUCUUAUAAUUUCACUUUCUGCAUUUACUUUUUUGUCCCUGUGAAAAAGAAAUACUUAUAUUGAAUGCAUGCUCCCACCACAGUUAUUUGAAGUCAAAUGUGUACUUCAUUGAGUUGAAGUUUGGGU